GAAAUGAAGGUGUGUAGCAACCUAAGGUCAAGACACUAGAGCCCGGCUCCCAUCUCCUGCAGUCCUGCUGCGGACAAAUACGGCACCAGGAAUGAGCGGCAUCCUGGCCAGUUGAUGUGCUUCAGACAAGCGGCAUAUGUUAUUUAUGAAGUCAAGGCUGCUGAGAGAGGGAGGGACCUUCAGGAGUUAUUGACUCAGAGCGAGCCAGCCACCAAAACAGAAGUUGUGAAGUAAGAAAGAGAGACGAACGGGCGAGCUCCAGCAUCUAGGAUUACAGAGCGAGAGUACCUGCUCGCUGAGAAUAGUGGAACUGUAUUUUGCCCUCCCUGCCGCGGGCCCCGGGACAGGCAGAGGACAGGGCACACGGGACGCGGGGUACAGGGCAAGAUUAUGGGACAGGGAGCGAGUACUCAGACUUUAAACCCGAACCCUGCCUACAUAACCGAUGUUGAAGUGGAUCAUAGUGUGCCGGAGAGUGAUGGAGCACCUCCAGGAGCAGGAACCCCUGCGGCAAAGGGCAAGGGCAAGUUCUCCAGCCUGGGCAAGAUCUUCAAACCCUGGAAGUGGAGGAAGAAGAGAAGCAGUGACAAGUUCAAGGAGACAUCAGAAGUGCUGGAGAGGAAGAUUUCGAUGAGGAAGCCCAGAGAGGAGCUGAUAGAGCGAGGGUUACUGAAGGACAUCCCAGAAAAUAGUACGGCAACCCAGCAUGGUCAUGAGAGUAAUGACGUGAAUCACAAAGCUCCUCCAGUGAAGAACGGCCACACUGCUCCAGUGCCUGGAGAGCGCAGGUCAGAUACAGGCUCAGAGGUCAAGGCGCCAUCUUCACGGCCACAAGGAGAAGAACAGAGGAACAGCCUCGCACCUGAACCGGAGCGCCGCAACCGAGCGCCCUCCGACGUCAGUCGCAACCGUCAGCCGCUGGACGUGGACGCUCGGACGCGGUUACCGCAUGAAACGGACCGACGCAGCCGACUGGAGUCAGACGUGGAGAGACCAGCAGGAUCUUUACCGAGAGAAAGACAAGGACAGGAGGAGGGACGGUAUCAGCGAGAGGAAAGAGAUGAGAAAGCGAGCAGGGACAGAGAACGACGGGAUAGAAGAGAAGACAGGGAAGGAAGAGGCGAACGUAUAGAUGACCGAGACAGACGAGACAAGAGGCCUGAUAAAGAGGACAGGCAUGGAAAAGGUGAUCAAGAUGAACGCGAGAAAGAGAGGCGGAAUGACAGGGAAAAGCGGGAAGAGAAGGACUGGAGAGAAAACAGGGAUAGGAAACAGCCACGAGACAGGAAAGAGGAUCACGAAAGGCGGGAUGAGCCCGAGAGAGUAGACGAGCGAGAGCGAAAGGAGCAGAGCGAAAGGAGGGAAGACAGGGAAAGAAGAGAGGAACAGGUUAGACGCGAGGAGAGAGACAGAAAAGACGAGAGAGAAAGGAGAGACGUCAGGAGGCCAGAACCUGUGAAACAGGUGUCUGAUGGGAAACUAAUCCGGCCUCAGUCAGAACAGGACAUGCGGCCCAUUAUUCAGAAGAGCUCGUCUGACAUUGGACAGAAGGUCCGGCCAUUUUCAGAGGCCAUCCAGAGCAGCACACUGCCACGAUACACACCUGCAGAGGAAGAAUCAAGGGCACGAACAGGAUCAGUGGGUGUGCGGUUUGUUCCUGAGCCCAAACCUGCACCAAUUACCUCCACUAAAGAGUCCCAGCUGCCCCCUAAACAGGCCAUUCUCCCUCCCAAGUGGCUGAUGGCUUCUUCCUCCUCCUCCACUGAGACUGCUCCAGUCCCAUCCUCAUCAUCCUCCUCUUCAUCAUCAUCGUCGUCUUCAUCAUCAUCCUUCGCUCCCCCCAUUGCUAAGCCUCCUCCUCGGACUGUGUCUUUAAACAUAGACGACUCUUCCCGCAAUAAUCCCAGUCCUCCCGUAACAGCAGGAGACCGUGAAGUCCCUCCCACUAUUCCCACCCACUUCACUCCUCACACUGUUCCCGCGCACUCCACUCCUCCCACUGUUCCCGCCCACUCCAACCCUCCGGCUCCUACUGCCCCUAAACAGCCGCCAGUGCCCCCUCCAAAACCCACCCAUCACAACAACAACACUGCACUGCAAGUGGAUCCCUCUCAAGUCCAGGUCCCAGUCAAGCGAUCUCCUCCCAUUCCUCCAAAGAGGAUGACUCCUGUGACCAAACACCACUCAGAUGACUCUUCGGCCAAUCAGCCUGAGCCUCCCUUACCUCUGUACAUACGUAUCCAGAGAGCCUUGAACAGCCCAGGCCCAGUCCAGCCCAGUCCUGAAGAAUCCCAGCGAGCUCAUUCGCUUCUGUUUGAAUUACCACCGGACUUUCUCACUGAGGCCCCAGGAGGGGGGCGAAACUCUCUUCCUGUCACUAUCGAACCUCUGCGACUGCCUGAGGACGAUGAUUUUGACAUUGAAGAAGAGCUGCAGAAGCUGCGGCCUGCCCCUCGGCCUACACAACAGCCGGAGCUGGAGCCGCGCAGCCGUCGCGGUCUGGUGGGAGACCCGCGGGUCACUGUCAUUCCUGAGGAUGCGGGACAUGGAAACAGCGAUGAUGAGGACGAGGAGAGUGAUUCGGAUGGACCCAUCCAUUACAGAGAUGACGAUGAAGAAGAUGAUAAUGAUGAGGAUGUUCCCAAGAGUGGUCUUGCACUCCGUGUGAAGCGUAAAGACACUCUGGCAUUGAAGCUGGAGCGUCAGCAGGAGAAAGAGCAGUCUCAGGACCAGGAGAACAGCACCUGGAACAACAAAGAGCAGUGGGAAACUGUCCGCAAUCAGAUUGGCUCCACCCUCACAAGGAGGUUGAGUCAGAGACCCACCGCACAAGAGCUUGAGCAGAGAAACAUCCUACAAGCCAAGAAUGAAGCAGACCGACGGGCAGAAAGGAGUGAAAUCAAGCGCAGACUGACCAGAAAGUUGUCACAGAGGCCCACGGUGGCCGAACUGCAGGCCAGAAAGAUCCUGCGCUUUCAUGAGUAUGUGGAGAGCACUCACGCUCGAGACUACGACCGGCGCGCCGACAAACCCUGGACCAAACUCACACCUGCUGACAAGGCAGCCAUAAGAAAAGAGCUGAACGAGUAUAAGAGCUCAGAAAUGGAAGUCCAUGAGAAGAGCAGGAUAUACACCAGGUUUCACCGGCCGUAAUCAGCAUCUCAGAAGAGGAAGCCCCAGAUGGAUGAAAGCUGCAGCUGAAAGCCUCCAUCUCACUCCAGCAUCUUGUUUCCCAUGAUCCUGUACUGACGAGUGCCCAGGCCAGCCGCUCAGUGCUCUGGAGUGAAAAGGAGGAGGAAGUGAUGCGGGUGUGUGCAGGAUGCUGGUACUUGUUGAUUCAGACACUUGGGGAGCGGGUUUGGAGGGCCAGCGCUCCGUAGAGUUCCCAUGAUUCCCACGGCCAGAGUAUUUCAGGGAGAAGAGGACACGGGACUGCGUGGACUGGGCUGUUUUAAUUGUCUUUAUGGUGCACAUGUUUCUGAGAUCAAGAAUAGGCUUGUGUACAUAACAGUAAUACUUUUAUGGAAAUGAUGACACUGGUGAUUAAACUGUUUGAGUGGUGAGCGAUUAUGAGAGACUGAGUGUGUGUGUGUAUGUAUGUAUGUGUGUGUGUGUGUGUGUGUGUGCGUGUGUGUGUG